UCUACACAUCCGGUCUGUGUGGAUGAAGAUGGCGACACUUAUCCUCUCUGGUGAAUGGAUCAAAAACUGGGAAAAAUCAGGAAAACACGAGUUUGUACAACUCUGCAAAGAACUUACAGAAAAAACAGAUCAUGGUGAAAUUGGAGAGAUACAGACUGCCUUAUAUGAACUAUGCUGGCAAGUUGUGCAGGGGAACCUCAAGUCGAGUCUUGUUACAGAUGUCCUCAGGGACAUGAUGGAAUUCCGAGAUGAUAUGCCAUCAAUUUUAGCAGAUGUGUUCAGUAUACUGGACUUAGAGACUGGUGCACUGGAAGAAAAAAACAAACGUGACCAUUACACAAACUUAGUAGGAGCAUGUCUGCUUUUUGUUCCAGAAGCCAUCCUGAAAGAGAGACUGGAUCCAGAAACCCUUGAAUCUCUCGGACUCAUAAAACAAGCCCAUCAGUUCAACCAGAAGAUUGUAAAAAUCAAGACUAAACUAUUUUACAAGCAACAGAAGUUUAACUUGCUAAGGGAGGAGAAUGAAGGUUAUGCCAAAUUAAUUACUGAGCUGGGCCAAGACCUCUCGGGUAACAUCACAAGCCACAUUGUCCUGGAGAGCAUCAAGUCCCUCAUAGGAUGCUUCAACUUAGACCCUAAUCGAGUUUUGGACAUAAUUCUGGAAGUGUAUGAGGGUCGUUCUGACCAAGAUGAGUUCUUCCUGUCUCUUAUUAAGUCCUACAUGUGUGAGCCACUCACUCUUUGCCACAUCUUGGGCUUUAAGUUCAAAUUUUACCAGGAACCCAAUGAGGAAACACCUAAGUCACUUUACCACAUUGCUGCUGCUCUACUUCACCAUAACCUGAUAGAGCUAGAAGAUCUCUACGUACAUCUUAUGCCACUAGAUGGCUCCAUUGCAGAGGAACACAAACGAGACAUCUCAGAGGCCAAGCAGAUCGCACGGAAGCUGGUGAUGGUUGUGGUUCCCUCAGAGAAAAGUGAAGACAAGGAAAAGGAGAAGGACAAAGAUGAAGAGAAGAAUGACAAGCCACCUGAUAACCAGAAGCUUGGUUUGUUAGAAGCACUUCUAAGGAUUGGAGACUGGCACCAUGCCCAGAGUAUUAUGGACCAGAUGCCUUCCUUCUAUGCUACUUCUCAUAAGUCCAUUGCGUUGGCCCUAUGCCAGCUCGUCCACUUGACUGUGGAGCCUCUCUACAGAAGGGCUGGUGUCCCUAAAGGGGCACGGGGCUGUGUGAUCCAACCACUGAGAAACAAAAGAGCCCCGCGACCAGCAGAGAGUUUUGAGGACCUACGAAGGGACACAUUCAGCAUGCUCUGCUACUUGGGCCCUCACCUUUCUCAUGAUCCUGUCCUUUUUGCCAAAAUAGUGCGUCUGGGCAAGGGUUUUAUGAAAGAGUACCAAAGUGAUGGCAGACCUGAUGUCAAAGACAAAAUGGAUACACUGCUGAGUUGUUUCCUGAGCAUUGCAGACCAGGUGCUUCUGCCUUCUCUCUCUCUGAUGGAGUGCAAUGCUUGUAUGUCUGAAGAACUGUGGGGUCUCUUCAAACUCUUUCCCUACCAGCACAGGUACCGGUUAUAUGGACAGUGGAAGAAUGAGACAUACUCAAGCCAUCCACUUCUGGUCAAAGUCAAAGCUCAGACUGUGGAAAGGGCCAGAUACAUAAUGAAACGGUUGACCAAAGAGAAUGUAAAACAAUCCGGAAGGCAGAUUGGGAAGCUGAGCCAUAGCAAUCCCACCAUUCUUUUUGAUUAUAUGUUGUCUCAGAUCCAGUGGUACGACAACCUCAUCGUUCCAGUGGUGGACUCUUUGAAAUACCUCACAUCCCUCAACUAUGAUGUCUUGGCCUAUUGUAUCAUAGAGGCUCUGGCAAAUCCUGAGAAGGAAAAAAUGAAGCAUGAUGACACCACCAUUUCCUCAUGGCUUCAGAGUCUCGCAAGUCUUUGUGGAGCUGUGUUCAGGAAAUAUCCGAUUGAGUUGGCUGGCCUACUUCAAUAUGUCACCAAUCAGCUCAAAGCAGGAAAGAGUUUUGACCUGUUGAUCCUGAAAGAGGUGGUGCAGAAAAUGGCUGGAAUCGAGAUCACCGAUGAAAUGACUUCAGAGCAGUUAGAAGCCAUGACAGGAGGGGAGCAACUCAAAGCUGAGGGUGGCUACUUUGGCCAAAUCAGGAACACUAAGAAGUCAUCACAGCGUCUGAAGGAUGCACUGCUAGACCAUGAAUUGGCCCUACCACUAUGUUUACUCAUGGCUCAGCAAAGAAACGGUGUAGUUUUCCUGGAAGGAGGAGAGAAACAUCUAAAACUUGUUGGUCACCUGUAUGAUCAGUGUCAUGACACACUGGUGCAGUUUGGUGGCUUUCUGGCCUCCAAUCUUAGUACAGAAGACUACAUCAAGCGGGUUCCCUCCAUUGACAUCCUUUGUAAUCAGUUUCACACUCCACAUGACGCUGCCUUUUUCCUAUCUAGACCAAUGUACGCCCAUCAAAUUUUGUCUAAGUAUGAUGAGCUGAAGAAAGCUGAAAAGGGGAACAGGCAGCAGCAAAAGGUACACAAGUAUGUGGCAGCAUGUGAACAGGUUAUGACACCAGUGCACGAGGCUGUGGUGUCCCUCCAUCCGGCCAGGGUCUGGGACGAUCUGCGCCCCCAGUUUUAUGCCACAUUCUGGUCCCUGACCAUGUACGACCUGGCUGUGCCACAUUCUGCCUAUGAGCGCGAGGUCAAUAAACUCAAAGUCCAGAUUAAGGGGAUCGAGGAGAACCCUGAGAUACCCUUGAAUAAGAAAAAGAAGGAGAAAGAACGCUGUACUGCCCUGCAAGAAAAACUGCAGGAAGAGGAGAAGAAGCAGCUGGAGCAUGUCCAAAGAGUCCUGCAUCGCCUCAAACUGGAGAAAGAUAACUGGUUGUUGGCAAAAUCCACAAAGAAUGAGACCAUAACGAAGUUCCUGCAGCUCUGCCUGUUUCCUCGCUGUAUCUUUUCUUCCAUCGAUGCUGUAUACUGUGCCCGUUUUGUCGAGCUGGUACACCAGCAAAAAACACCCAACUUCUGCACUCUGCUGUGCUACGACAGGGUGUUCUCUGCCAUCAUUUAUACUGUGGCCAGCUGCACAGAGAAUGAGUCCCACCGCUAUGGACGUUUCCUCUGCUGCAUGUUGGAGACUGUCACUCGCUGGCACAGUGAUCGUGCAGUCUAUGAGAAGGAAUGCAGCAAUUACCCUGGAUUCCUGACCAUCUUCAGAGCAACAGGGUUUGAUGGAGGGAACAAAGCUGAUCAGUUGGAUUAUGAGAACUUUAGGCAUGUGGUUCACAAAUGGCACUACAUGCUGACUAAAGCUUCAGUUCACUGCUUGGAGACAGGAGAUUACACCCACAUACGAAACAUCCUCAUUGUGCUCACCAAGAUCCUGCCCUGUUACCCAAAGGUCCUGAACCUGGGCCAAGCACUCGAGUGUCGUGUUCACAAGAUCUGCCUCGAGGAGAAGGACAAGCGACCAGACCUCUAUGCCUUAGCAAUGGGUUAUUCAGGUCGAUUGAAAAGCCAGAAGGUGCACAUGGUCCCUGAGAAUGAGUUUCACCACAAGGAACAGCCAGCACGCAGUGCUACACCUGCCAAUCAACAGAACGGCCCCGGCAGCACAGGCAAGCCCGCCACCAGCACAAGCAAGACAGAUGAGGGGACAUCAGAGGAUGGUGAUCGGGGCAAAGACAAAACUCAGGGGACCACAAAGCCAGUAAACAAAGCCAACAGUGCAGCGGCCAAAGUGACCACCACCAAUGGCAACGGUGCUCUCAACAGCACUAAAGUUGUAAAAGAACGGGACGAAAAAGAGAAGAGCGGGAAGGAGAAAAAAGAAAAGAAAGAAAAGACACCAGGCAGCACUCCUGAGGCAAAGGGGGAGAACCGGCGGGAGAAGCAGAGAGAUGAGAGAGCCGGGAAGGAGGAGCGGACGGCACGCGAGGGUAAGGAGAAGACACCCAAGGCCGACCGGGAGAAAGUGAAGUCCGAGGAGAAAGGCGGCAAAGAUGACAAGGUGAAGGCCGGCAACGGGGAGCCCAUGGAGCCGUCCAGAGAACGCGACAUCCUCAAGGAGUCCAAGAGUAAGGAGAAAGGAGACCGGAGCGCUGCAGCCGGGUCCCUCAAGUCACCAGUUCCCAGAUCAGAGUCGGCUGAAUCUGAGAGGGAUCACAAAAGACGAAAGCUCGACAGCCACUCUUCUCCGUCCCACUCGUCGUCUGUUAAGGACAAUAGCAACGAACUCAAGGAGUCCACAUCCAAGCAUCACAUCAACUACAAUUCAGUCGACCGGUCCAAGAGCAGAGAGAGGGAGAUGGACAAAAAAGAUUCAGAGAAUGCACAGGGACGAUCCAAAGAGAAGAAAGAAGAAAAGGACCGGAAAGACAGGAAAAGAGAGCAUGCUGCCAAUGACCGAGAGACCAGUCAGGAAACCAAACGUCGAAAGGAUGAGAAUGGAACCAAUUCCUCCAAAAACAGCAAGAGCAUGAGCCCUUCCUGUGACUCGCCGCUUUCAGCUGAGAAAGAGAAGAGCAAAAGAUCCAAAUCUUCUAGUAAAGAGAAGGGCGAGUCUGUGAAACCUGAGCGGACUUCCUCUGGAGGCAAAAAGGAGUCCAGGCACGACAAAGAGAAAUCUGAAAAGAAAGAAAAGAGGGACAGCAGCGGAGGCAAGGAAGAAAAAAAGCAUCACAAGCACAGAUAAUGUGCACUAAUCAGUGAAGCAGAACCGGACAAGCUGCUUUUAUCUACGAGACAACUGCAACUCCAUCUUUACUGUGUUAUUAACCAGACUCUCAUUUCUGCCUUUUUUAAAACAUACUAACCCCCCCCCCCCUUCUCCCCAAGUGUUGUUAGCUGUAGUUACAAUUUAUGAGCCACCUCAGUACGUUUCAGUUUCAAUAUUAUACAGGAAACCAGCUCAAAUUUAUUUUUUUGUUGUUAAUUAUUCAGUAUGUUGCACAAUGUGCUGCUCUAAUCACUAUGAUCUGUUAUUCAGAAACAGUGGUUACUGUAUGAAAUUAUCUUUUGGUCACAUCUAGUCAUGGAUUCAGUAACCCUAAGCUUGAAGAUUUGUAAUAUUUUCUUUUUGUACGUUGUCAGGCUUUGCUUAUGCUCGAUUUAUUGGAGUAACAUGCCCAUACCCACUUACCUCAGAUCCUUUUGAGAUACUUAGAUAUCUUCUAUUUAUUUAUCUCCACCUUUUAAUCACAGCAAGGUAAUAGGCAUAGGUGAGGAAGAACAAACAGCAUACAAAGGACCAGUGUGUAUAUUCUGUACAAUAAUAGAGGGUGACAUGAAAUCCACAUCAUGUUAUUUUUGUUUUCCUUUUUUUUCUGUUGAUACCCCCACCCCACAGUGUUCUUUUGUGAUUUUGUGUUAAUCAGGUUUUUACAUAAUUUAUAUAAAAAUAAAAAAAAAUGCCAGUUCGACCUUGAUUCAAAUGUAGAAUUGUAAAGAAAAAAUCAGACAAAAAAAAUCUGAAGCUCUGUAAUCCAAAUACAGCUGUUUCCAGAUGACUUUUGGAGAUUUUAUCUGCUGUACUCAAUGAGUGUAAGCUUUUUUUAAAAAAAGAAAAAGAAAACAAAAACCAAUAAAUAAUAGUUUUCCUAGUGUGUCACUUUGA